AUGGCGCCGCCGCAACCUCCUCGCGAAGAGGGGCCGCCCAAGGACACAGCAUCGGCGCCUACCAGCCCCGCACAGUGCGAUCAGCCAUCCGAGACCGCGACGCUUGAGACACCAUCGGUCCCAAUAACCACUAAUACCGCGCACAACACCCAUACGACCGAAGCGAGUAUUUGGUGGCCACUGAAAGCAUGGAUGAGACGGUCGGCGUCGAGCUUGCGCCAUAAACAAAAUGACAACGAUGUCUGGACACCAGACGGGUACGUGUACCUUGUCGUUGGUAAUGGUGAGAUUGGGAGGCACGUAAAGAUACUCGUCGAUACCCAGUCUACCGUAGACGCCAUAUCCACGAGCUGUGUUUCCCGCUAUCCUGGAUACACGUACAGCGCGUCCGCCGGCGUCGCCAUUGGCACUAGCAUUACCGGCCGUGAAAACUACCUGAGCAUCGCCGAGAUCGAAAUCAGAUGGAGAGGAAUCAACAACCAGGCGCAGCGAUCCUCCGGACCCUAUUUUCGGCAGACCCGUAUCGAAGAGUCGACCUGCCACGUUGUGGAAUCCGACGAGUUUGAUCUCAUCAUCGGGCAACCUACCAUCAACAGGCUAGAGCUCCUCAGGCGUAAAACCCCCAUACUCGCUGCCUUUCGGGGUGUCAAUACCAGCGUGAACAUUGAGAACAUCCAUGACGAUCAACAGUCCGCCGAGGAUAAACGUAAAAAAGCAAAGGAGCAUAAGAAGCAGCGUGAGAAGGAAGAAAAAGACAAGAAAUCCAACAAAUAG